AUGCCCCUGUUCGGCAAAUCGACCAAAAGCCCCUAUGACCUGGUGAAGAGUCUCCAGGAGGCACUGACGGUGCUGGAGAAGGGCGACAAGAAGGCGGAGAAGGCUCAAGAGGACGUCUCCAAGAACCUGGUGCUCAUCAAAAACAUGCUCUACGGCACCGGCGACACCGAGCCGCAGACGGACAUUGGCGUCGCCCAGCUCGCCCAGGAGCUCUACAACUCCAAUGUGCUGCUGCAGCUGAUCAACAACCUCUCGAAGAUUGAGUUCGAGGCGAAGAAGGACGUGGCUCAGAUCUUCAACAACAUCCUCCGGAGGCAAAUCGGCACCCGCUCACCCACCGUCGAAUACAUGUGCACCAAGCCGGACAUUCUGUUUACGCUGAUGAAGGGCUAUGAGAAGCACGACAUUGCCCUUCACUGCGGCUCAAUGCUUCGCGAGUGCUCCCGGUACGAGGCACUGGCGAAGAUGAUGCUGAACUCGCCCGACUACUACAACUUCUUCAAGUACGUCGAGGUGUCGACGUUUGACAUUGCCUCCGAUGCCUUUUCCACCUUCAAAGAACUCCUGACGCGACACAAAACACUGUCGGCAGACUUUCUCGAGUCAAAUUAUGAUAAGUUCUUUGAGUGCUACGAGAAGCUACUCAAUUCAGAUAACUACGUGACAAAGAGACAAUCACUGAAGCUGCUCGGUGAACUCCUCCUAGACCGGCACAACUUUACCAUCAUGACGCGCUACAUUAGCUCACAGGAGAAUCUAAAGCUAAUGAUGACAAUGCUGAAAAAUCGCAGUCGAAAUAUUCAGUUUGAGGCGUUUCAUGUGUUCAAAGUGUUCGUAGCCAACCCGAACAAGCCAAAGCCCAUCUUGGACAUUCUCCUGCGGAACAAGGACAAACUAAUAGACUUCUUAACGAAAUUCCAAACGGACCGCGCCGACGACGAGCAGUUCAACGACGAAAAGGCCUACCUGAUUAAGCAGAUUCGCGAACUGAAACCGGUGGAGGAGCAGCACUAA